AUGGAUUUCCCUGCUGUUAAUCCGCAUGAGCGAGACCCAGGUUACUUGGUUCUCCCUUCCACUGUGAGACCACCGGAGGCAGACUCUGAUCAUCGAGAUGACGACGGCGACCUCUCCGCAGAUUCUUCUUUCAAGCGCAUCGUGGAGAUGCUCAUGGAAGAGGAGACGAUGGAGGAGGGAUCCGGCAUGCUCGUUGACCCUUUGGCUCUCCAAGCUGCCGAAAAAUCAUUCAGCGAUGUUCUCGGUGAGAAAUACCCUCCCUCACGCGACCAGCUCACCGAGCUUCCCUGCCCCGAUAAUUCUUCCCAUGAUGAUAACAUUGGCAGCGGCAGAAAUGCUGUCAGCGGCUCCAUUUUUCAGUCUAUUUCUCAAAUGCCUUUCAGCUCUGUGAGUAGCUGCUGCUUGGGUGUGAGUUUUGAUGGCAUCAAAAACCCUUCUGUAAGUACACUUCUUCACCCAAAUUCUUUUGGUGCUGAUGAGACCAUCUGGUUGCAUGGUGCUGAUGAGACCAUCAGUUUGCAACCUAGAAGUGUGGGAGAAGUGGGUGCUAGUAAAUAUUUUCCUCGUGAAAAUCUUUCAAUUAUUGAUCUUGAGAAUAGUGCGUUACCUCCAAUGUUAAAGAAUGACAGUCCACACAAAGAGGUAGAGAAGAAUACGAAGAGGGAGAAUCUGCAGCCAAGUGGUGCAAGGGGAAGGAAGGAUCAGCUCAUGAAGGAUAUAGAUACAAAAGAAUCGAGUAAGAAGCAGUUAAUAUCUUAUGAGGAAGAGUAUGAGUUGUUGGAGUUGUUUGAUAAGGUUUUCGUUUGUUGUGAUGACCACAUGAAGCCUCCAGUGUGCAAUUGUAAUAAUGAAGUAUCGCGCAAUAAACAAAAGUUGGGAUAUAAAGGCAGAAAGGAUCGUGCAAAGCACAAGCGAAAUGGAAAACAAGAAGUGGAUUUGAGGUCUCUCCUUCUUUUCUGCGCAAGAGCAAUAUCCAUUAAUGAUAACAAGAGUGUGGAUAAAACGUUAAAAGAGAUUAGACAGCACGCUUCUCCAUUUGGUGACGGAUCUCAAAGGGUUGCCCAUUAUUUUGCCAAUGCCCUCGAGGCACGACUGGCUGGUACUGGGUCUCAAAUUUUUUCUUCUUUGUCUUCCGACAGGCCAUCGACAGCCGAUCAGCUAAAAGCUUACCAAUCUUUUCUUUCUGCAUGCCCAUUCAAGAGAAUCAACUUUUGCUUUUCAAAUCAUUAUAUCUUGAAUUUAGCCAAGAUAGCAACCACACUUCAUAUUAUAGAUUUUGGUAUCUUGUGUGGUUUCCAAUGGCCUGUUGUUAUCCAAACUCUCUCACAGAAACUUGGUGGGCCUCCUAAACUUCGCAUUACAGGGAUAGAGUUCCCUCACCCUGUUCGGCCAGCAAAAAGAGUUGAAGAGACGGGUCAUAUCUUGGCACAAUAUUGUAAGCGCUUUAAUGUUCCGUUUGAGUAUAAUGGCAUUGCACAAAAAUGGGAAACUAUCCAAAUUGAAGACCUCAAGAUUGAUGACAAUGAGAUAGUUAUUGUGAACUGCUUGCAUCGACUUGAAUAUCUACUUGAUGAGACCAUCAUGACAAAUUGUCCAAGGGAUAUUCUUCGAAAAUUAAUCCGAAAGAUAAAGCCACACAUUUUUAUCCAUGGUAUAAUUAACGGAUCCUUCAACUCCCCUUUCUUUGUCACACGCUUCCAUGAGACACUUUUCCACUACUCUUCAUUGUUUGAUAUGCUUGACACUACCUUACCCCAUGAAAAUGAGGGGAGGUUGCUAUUUGAGAAAGAGUUUUAUGGGCGGGAGAUUAUCAAUGUCGUAGCAUGUGAGGGUUUAGAGAGGAUUGUGAGGCCUUUGCCUUACAAACUUUGGCAAAAGCAAAAUAUAAGCUUUGGGUUCAAACAACUCCCUUUGGAUAGGGAACUCAUUAAGACAUUAAGGGCAAAGGUGAAAGCUGGAUAUCACAAAGAUUUUGCAAUUGAUGAAGAUGAUCAUUGGAUGUUGCAUAGAUGGAGGGGUCGAAUUAUGCUUGCUAUAUCUUGUUGGGUGUAG